AUUGAUUGUGGCAGCAACCUAGGGGGCAGCGUGCAUAUUUAAGAUUUGGAUUAAUCGUUCUGGUCAUUGCAACAUUUAUUUGAGUGCUGUGUAUUUUAAUGUUUUGCGUCUAUAACCUUCACCUAUCAUUCCUGAUAGCCAGCUUAUUAGAAUGAAAUUAAGCAUUAACUUCAAAUCCAUUAUGAUCAAUAAUGCUGAAAUGUUUCCUGAAUCCCUUGCUCCAAUGAAAUGUUCACAGACAUGUGAGUGAUGUGUUUACCAGAAGCAACCGUUGGUACCUGGGUCAGUAGUUUGGCUGAAGGAAUGGAAAGUCUGUCCACAGCUGGCAUUUGGAGGAGGAGGGAGGGAACAGUAGACUGAUGCGAGGGAAUGUAAUGUUUUUGCAAUAACACCAAAUAAAGGAUUUUUGUGGUGUUGAGCAAUAUUUGUCUGAACGCCUGAUGAAUUAACAAUUAUUUUACGUCCAGACCAUCCUCACUUACCCUAAGAUGUUUGAACUUAUAACGUCUUGUGAGCAAUAAUAUUCCAUCCAUUCCUUGAGCAAGGCACACUUUUUAUUGUUGCACACUCACACACAAAGCUGUCAUCUCCCUGUGUUUGAGUAGUAGAGCAAGGGGAACGGACAGUGAAGACACGCUCUCUAUCUUUCCCUUCUGUUCUGUUGUAAUGCAAAGCACAUCCUCCCAUCACUGGUUCAGAACCGCUCUCCUGAACCAGCUCGCCCCAGUUCUGAUUUAUCGCCGUGAACAAUCCGGUAUUCCUUCAGUUCUCCUGCUACCUCGUAGAGAGGAACACCUUCAUCUCAGAACAUUGCUUCUCCCUGGAACAAAGACACCAAGGCGGAUUAAAUGGACUUAUACACUGCAUUUACACAAAAUACGUCAAGGAUUGACUGAACAGAAACUUUGAGUUUACUCAUUAGAACUGCAUAGUUUCAACAGGAAAACCCACAGGCGCUCUUAUUUGUACUGGUGCACUGUUGUACUGCUGGGACUCAGAAGACACGGGAUGGCAGGCCGGACAUGCCUCAUCGUAGGAGUGAUGCUGUUGGCAGCUGCAGCCCCAGCUCUGGCUACUCCAGACAGUUGUGCCGAGGAGCUGGCCCUGCUUGAGGCACGGGAGCGGUUCCUGAAGAGCCGAGUGCAGAAACAGGAGGUUCUCCUGAACAGGUUGCAGCUGCUAAGCCGGCCCCAGACCCCCCACAAGGACCAGACCCCGGCACAGGGGGACCCGGCUGCUGGGGACCCCCCUCGCAGAGACUGCGCCGAUGUGUUCACCUCUGGUUCCAACUCCAGCGGUCUCUACCGCCUCCGGCCCCGGGGCAGCCCGGCGCCGGUGCAAGCCUACUGCGACAUGAGUGACGGGGGGGGGUGGACGGUCGUACAGAGACGGAUCGACGGCUCGGAGCUCUUCAACAGGUCGUGGACUGAGUAUAAGAAUGGCUUUGGAGACAAGUCUGAAGAGUUCUGGUUUGGAAACGACAUCCUACAUUACCUCACAGACCAAGGGAGCUACUCUGUGAGGAUCAACCUGGGAGACUUUGAGGGCAGCCAAAGCUACGCUGAGUACAAUGACUUCAAAGUGGGACCUGAGGAGAGCGACUACCUGCUGUCCUUCGGUGCCUACUCGGGCACGGCCGGAGACGCGCUGUCUGGCAACUACCGGACGGGCGUGUCACUUUGGGCCAGCCACCAGGGGGCGAAGUUCACCACGUACGACCGGGACAACGACAACCUCGCCUGGGGGAAUUGUGCCCAAGAGGACAAGGGAGGCUGGUGGUUCAAUCGGUGCCAUUCAGCCCAUCUUAACGGACUCUACUACCCGAGUGGUCCCUACAGCGCUGUCACUGACGACGGCAUUGUAUGGGUCACCUGGAGAGGCUGGUGGUAUUCUCUCAAGACCACCGUCAUGAAGCUGCGACCCGCUGACUUCAAAGAGGACCCCUCAACGACCUGAACGAUGUGUAGCCCAGCUGUCCCAAACGAUUAUUAUUUAUUUUUUUAAUGAUUAAUCUAGCGAUUAUUUUUUCGAUUAGUCGACUAAUCUAACGACUAAUUUUACGAUUAAUCUAACGAUUAUUACUUCAGUUACCGAUUAUUUCACAUUACUUCAUCAAUGUAACUUUCCACACAAUAUGGAUAUCAAAACAUUUGUUGUUAAAAUAUAGAUUAGAUUAGAUUUCUUUAUUGUCCUUGUUGAACAGAGUUAAUCAACGAAAUUAAGUUUAGAGCAUCACCACUGGCAUAGUAUAUAAAUAUAAAUAUAUUAAUAAAUAAAUAAUAGAUAAAUAAAUAAAUAAAUAUCAACAUUUAUUAAACAUUUCUUUAACAUGCCACUUUUUUGUGCAAUACCAUUGUGCAAACACGGCACUUAAAUUGUGCAAACUGCAAAAUGGUGCAUUUUGAUGUCACCCUCCCCCGGUGUAACACAGAACGCCAGAGGAAGUAUUUUCUUCCUGUGGCCAUCAGACUGUUUGAUGCAUCUACCUCCGGCUGCAGAAGGGACCGUGGAGACACUAUGCCCUGAGACCAAUGUCACUUUAUUUAUUUAUUUAAUUAUUUUUACCCAAUUUAUUUAUUUAUUUUUUUACACAAUUUUCAAUUAAUCACUUUAGUUAAUUUAUGCUGCCAACAAUUGCUGCUAUAAUAUUUUAUCACUUUACCACUUUUAUCCAAUCGCUCCUUUUCACUUAUUUAGUUUGUACUUAUUUUAUUUCCAUCUAUUUUAUCUAUUUUGACUCUAACUCUGUAUUACUUACCCACCUUUGUAUUGUAACUGUUGCACAAUAAUUUCCCUCGGAAUAAAUAAAGCAUCUUGAAUCUUGAA